AUGCGCGUGCUACAUCUCGCGUUGGCUUUUGUGGUUGCCCUGAGUUCUAUUAACGACGGUGUCACAUCCGCUUCUAAGGCUACUUUGAGUUCGGAUUCAAGCGACUAUCCAGCGCUCAGAGUCAGCAUUGCAAGUGAUAAAACUAACUCAGAGGAAAGAAGACCGAUAGGAGUGUUUGGACCAGUUGGAAAAGGGAACGGAGGAUAUGGUAAAGGCGCACGGAAGAAAGCUGUCACUUUGCCGCCUGGUACUUACGUGGGUCCGGAAUUCGGUGGAUACUCUGGUAGAGAAUUUACAGACGCGGCCUUCGUUAAGUCUGGACAAAAAGUGCUGUCUAUCAACCUUCGUGCGGGGGAACGCGUCGAUGCCGUCAUCCUCACCAUCGUGAAACCGUUUGGGGGAGAGAGGACAUUAUACCAUGGCGGUGAUGGUGGUGACAUGAAAAACCCUCUGACGUUAACUGAAGGUGAAUACAUCACUGUCAUGGAGGCGCAUGCGGGUGAUCACGAUGGCAGUACGCGUGUCAAGUACAUCAAGUUCACCACCAAUAAGGGGAAUUUUAUCGAAGGCGGCACGCGGACGGACAAGAAUGGAACGGACACUGCGAAGGAGGGCUAUCAGUUGGGUGGUUUCGUUGGAAGAAGCGGUGACGAGCUUGAUCUGGUCAGUGUAAUCUGGACAAGCAUUGAGCCGGUCGGGUAGAGUGAAGCGGAUCAGCUUAUGUAGCCAUCUGAAAUGCAGAGAACAUGAUUUUGGGAAGGUUGGUGGUAAAAUGUAAUCAAGAUGACUGCAUUCAGAA